AUUAAGCCUAUUAUGCAUUUGAUUUUGAUUAAAUGACUUUGGAUUAUGUCUCUUAUGUAAAGAAGUGUAUUAUGCUACACAGGGCAGUCUUCAUCCUCAAGAAUGUGCUCCAAGGUGUACCGCUAGAUGCUCAGCUACAGCAUACAAGAAGCCGUGCAUGUUCUUCUGUCAAAAAUACUGUGCUAAAUGCCUGUGUGUGCCUUCCAGAACAUAUGGAAACAAGCAGUAUUGCCCUUGCUAUAACAACUGGAGGGCCUAAAUGCCCAUGACUUUUAAUAUUUAUUCUAUGCUGCGAUGUUGCCUGUAGUAAUCAUAAUUCACCUUCUAUUUAACUCGUAUAUGCUCUAUUGAUUUGUACUCUUUGAAUGCGAACUAGGGAUCAAGAUUAUGAGUAAUUCUAAAACCAACAAUUUUAUUUUAUUUUCUAGCAGAACAUGCAUUUCAGAAGCAGAAGUGCUAAAGUUAAGACGGACUUGUAAGUAAUAAGUAGCACAUUGGAGAAAAUAAAGUAACAAGCCAGGA